GACAAGUUCAGGCCAAAAGAUACCACAGUAAGCCCAGAGGGACCAAAGUCUUCAUUUUUGUGUGACAAAAUGAAUUCCACAAAUAUGUCGGUGCUAUUUAUCAUUUUCUGCAGUGGACUGCUUGUCAAUGCUCAGUACACUGAAUCUGUUUUGCAUCGUAUAACUCGCCAAGCGUUCGAAAGGUCUGGCAAAGGACCUGGUAUGGAUCAAGGAAUGUCGGCUAUGAAAAACAUGAGUGAAAAUGGGAUGAAUCAUGGAAAGGAUAUGGCAGCAAAAGCUCAUGAAAUGGGCAAGAAAAUCCAUGAGAAAAUGGGAGGUCACUCUAAUAGAAGUCGUCGUGCUGUCCCUUCUUUUAAUGAAAUCCAGUCUGUCGAUGCUCGGUCUCAAGUGGAAUUACACCGCAUGACCCGACAAAUACCUGGUUUUGACCAAGCAGCGUCCGCUAUGAAAAAAGUAGCUGAAGGUUUUAUGAAUGCUGGAAAAGAACUGUUUGCCAAAGCUCCUGAAAUGGCGCAAAAUUUCUACAAAACCGUACAAGACAUGGCAGGGAAAUUUAUGACGCCUUCUAGUAGACGUCGUCGUGCAUCUUCAAUGAAAAAAGCCUACGGUGACGAAAAAGUUCCUUGCUCAUCAAAGAAAGAGCCUACAAAAGUCUAACACACAUCAUAAAAAAACGCUCAUGGUGAUUUCAAAAAAUGUAUUGAUUUAAUUAAAAUAAAUAUCUGUUGCUGACCAUCA